AUGAACUAGCAAUAUUCAAUCUAAAAGUAGCAAGCUCAUGAGUUAUUAGAGAUUGACAGCGAGAGUAAUUCAACAUCAAUUUGUGAGCAUCAGUCUUUCAAUACUAAAAAUUCAUCAAUUUAUCAGAGUAGAACUUCAGCAAACAAGGAAAACUUUGAAUCGUUCAAGAAAAGUCCCAAAGCUAAUUAACAACCAUUCAAAAUAUUGUUCUAAAAUCACAAUCAUCAUCAAUCCUUACAUAAUCAUGUUAAACAAACAAACCCCAAGACAAACGAAUCAAAGAUGUCAAGAAACACAAACUCUAAGCAGAGUAAUUUAAGCAGUGUAUUUUCAACUAACCUUCCAAUAAAAUUGAUGCCAUAGAGUAAUUAAUUUAUGCUGGAUAAUAUUGAUUCAUUGAAGAGUCUUAACAUUAAAACAAUAUAACUGCAUAGAAUUGAAAAUGACUCAACUCUUAGUAGCUUUUUAUCAAGCAAAAGAACAUCAACUUCCGUAGGCUCAGAUAAAAAUUUGAAUCUAAUUCAUCAAACAAAUCAAAGUGAAAUCUUCAUAAAUCCAUCAAUAGAUCAAGUGCCAGAUGAGUUCGUGUAAUUCAAUGAGGGUCUGCCUAGAAAUCAAUGUGCAAAUAGAAAAUAAAGCAAAAAUCCUACACCUUAAUCUAUAUCACUUUACAACACCCCUAACCGUAAAAAGCUUAUGGGUUCUGGGUUAAGUAGCUAAUAAUCAAUUUCAUAUGCAGCUGAUAGCUUAGUAAGAGAUUUUCCAAGAUUGAGUUGCAAUACCUUCUUCCAUGAUUCCGAAGUUGAUGUGAACGUUGAUGAUGACUGUGAAAACUUCACUCCUCACAAUCUAAGAACCUUGAGAUUGGACUAAACCCUCAAGGUCAAAAAUAAAAUUUCCCUUACAGGAACUAUUAAUAAUAAGGAUUUUAGCAAAGUAAAACUAGAUGAUUAUGUAGAUGCACAGUUGAUAGCAGUAACAACUAUAGUUUAAAAGAAAAAAGACAUAGAAAAGCAAAAAAAUGAGAUAAAGUACAAGAUAUCACUUAAUAAAGAAGAUAUUACUUCCUUGAAUAAACAGAUAGUCCAAAGCUAACAUAAAUUUGACAAAGAAACUUAGAAGUUCAAUGAAAAUCAGAGUAAGAUCUAGGAGUUGAUGAAUGAUAUAUUGAAAUACAGAUAGAAGAUAAUAACUAUACAAGGAGAGUCAGAUAAUGAGAUUGCUAAAGUUUCUUAAUAGAGAGAUGAUCUGGCUGAGAAGUUGAAUGUCUAUAUUGAUGAAUAUGAUUUCUAGUCGGAUCAAGAAUUUUAAAACCUAUAAGACUAAAAAGAAGAGAUAAAUAGACUGAAAGAUGCAAUAGCCAAUGAUAAUAGAGAGUGUGAUGAGGUUCAGAAAGCUAUCAAAAGGUAAGAGCGUGAGAUGGCCACAUCUGUGAAGAAGCUAAAGUUUAAAUCCUCAUUGAUAAAUAAUGUUGUUUAGAAUUAGAAAAUAAAGGGAAAUUAAGAAAUUGUGAGAUAUACAUAGAACUCCUAAAGAGAUCAAUCAAAUAACAGACAAUCUAUCAUUAAAAAGAUUGGAAGCGUCCUUCAAACUCAUAACUAGUCUCAACAUUGA